AUGACUCCUCAACAAUCUCCACACAAAACCCUCGAAGCGCAGUGCCACUGCACUGCCGUGCAUUUCACCAUCACCAUCCCAAGGGGAGACCUUCCACUAAAAAUCAAGCUGUGCCACUGCAGCAGUUGCCGGUACACACACGGCACGCCCUGCAGUUUCACUGCCGCGCUUCCACGCGGCGUUGAGCCACAGUUCGUCGCACCCUCGCACAUUAACACCCUCACCCCCUAUACGUACAUCGAUACUCGUUUCUUCUGUAGGACCUGCGGUUGCCAGAUUGGGGGAUGGAACUCUACAGAAGGGAGAUGGUUUAUCUCCAGCGCCAUAUUUAAUAACAAGGACAGCCAGGAUGAGGGAGUUUGGGUAUAUGACGAACAUGUCUUUACAGGGUCCUCGGCCGAUGGUGGGAUUUCAGGGCUGGUGGCCUCUAUUGGAGGAAGGAAAUUGGGAGUCUAUAACCCUGCUCCGGCUUCUGCUCCAGCCCGGUCUCCGUCAAAUCCACCUACAAGACCACACAGCCGAGACAGUCUCCAAGCCCAAUGCCACUGCGCCGGCGUCUCCUUCACCAUCACCCGCCCGCGACCAGACUUCCUCACCACCCCCAUGAGCAAUGGAUUGACGCACCCAUCCGACAGAAGUAAAUGGCUCGCAUCCCUCGACCUCUGCACAGACUGCCGCCUAGUCAACGGAACAAACGUGAUAGGAUGGAUGUUCGUUCCGCUAGAUCACAUCUCGCCUUCUCCUGCCGGGCCGGAGCUACUCCUUGGAUCAUCGAAAACAUACCACUCCAGCGAGGGUAUAACGCGGACCUUUUGUGGGGUCUGUGGUGCAACGGUGUUCUUUGCUUGGGAGGGACGGCCUGGUGAGGUUAAUGUUGCCACCGGCCUUUUGCGUGCAUCUGAUGGUGUCAUGGCCGAGCAGUGGAUUCUGUGGAUGGCUGGGAGGAUUUCCUGGUUUGAGGAUGGGGUGGUGUUUCAUGAAGGCUUUGCGAGGAGUUUGUGGGAUGGCUUGAGGGAUUGGGGAAGGGAACGCGGGCAAGGGGAGGGAUUUGUAGCGCCUUAG